AUUCAAUGGAUGAUGAAGCAGCUGCGGUGGCAGAUUGGGACCAAAAGUCCAAGAGAAGUGCCAACAACGAGCAAGAUGUUGUGCAAUGGAUUGAGGCCAUCGUUGGUAGUGUCAAAGGCGACACCACGGUUGCAGAGUGGCUGAAAUCAGGUAUCAUUCUCUGCAACCUGGUCAACGCUAUCCAACCGGGCCUCAUCAGGACGGUGAAUCAGCAAAAUGUGCCCUUCAAACAGAUGGAGAACAUCACCAAAUUUCUGAAUGCUGCCCGAGAUCUGGGCCUUCCCGAGAGCUCCAUGUUCGACACGCCAGAUUUGUAUGAAGAGAAGAAUGUGGACUCUGUGAUCACCUGCAUCUAUGCCUUGGGCGGUGCUGUCCAGACGGUGUGCCCGGAAUUUACGGGACCAAAGUUGGGCAUCCCGCUGAUAGCAAAGGGCAAGGAUGUCACCAAGCCAAAGAGCAAGACAUCCUCCCACUUGCUUCACUUGGACCCUGAGCAGGUGGCUUCGAUGAGAGAAGAACUGGAAACUCUCCGGGAAGGCCAUGCGAGGCUCCAAGAGGAGAACGUGAUCCUGAGGAAACGCAGCGAGGUCGAUAUUCCUCACUGGGCCUCACAAGUGCGAGCCGUGGCCACGCAACUGGAGGAGGCGGCUGCACCCAUUGCGACGGUGCCCUUGGGUGAGCGCCUCUUGGCCAUGGUGAACAGUCUGCAAGAUGCAGAGGCUGGAUUGAGGGCACUUCGGGGAGCACCCUAUCGCGAGGAACUGGACGAGCUGAAACGCGCCUUUGCCCAGCACUUGGAAGAAGGACAAGUGCGGGAGUCAGCAUUGCGGGAAGAGCUGGACAGGCUUCGGCAAAUUUUACCUGAGUCGCCAAACUCAGUCUUGUGACAGCCCCGGGGCAUGCAGGUAGUGGUCCCAAGUC